AUGGUCAUUUUGUCAGUGAGACUAUUCGAAGGUAGUGGUGUACUUGGGCAGGACUUACAAAAGAAUGAUGAAGACAAUAUGGUGACAAAUCAACAUUCGCGGCAACUAUCCUCAGAUUACCCAGAAGAAAAUCCAAGCCAUUUAAAUUUGUCACACGAAGAUAAAUACAGAACUCGUGAUGAUUACUCUAAAAAUAGCGGUGUUGUAAAGUUUGAAGAUGAUUUUCCUACUAAACUACCAAAUGAAUCUCACUUCUUCCCAAUUGAUUCUGACAAUCCAGGAAAUGAAAAAACUCAUGGUGGUGAUGGAAACUUAAAAAAAUAUACAAGAGUAAAGCCUUUUUAUAACGAUGAGCAAUCGUAUGACAAUGACGAAGAAAAAAGAGUUGAUGAAAGGGAAAUUAAUGAGUAUAGAGACACCAUAAACAGUGGAACAGAAAGUAAUGCUGGUGGACGUGUAAUUUUCGAAGAUAAUAAUAAAACAGAAAAAAGAGAGCCAGUUAGAAAGAAAAAGAGGAAAUCGAGCCGAAAACAAAGAGUCUCUCCAUUACUAGACAAUAAUGUCCCUAUUUCUCCUACCGUUCCCUUCAAUCACCCAGGCAAUCGAUAUCUUGGGAAACAGCCAGGCUCCUCACUAUACCAGCCUGGAUAUGGAGGCUCUUUUCAAGGUUAUGGACUCUAUCCAGGAUAUCAAGCUAUAGGGCCCUCUCGUCCACUUAAAAACCCAGUGAAUCCAGGUCAAAACGAUCAGACAAAUCAACUUAAUACAAAAUACACUGCCCAAUAUCCUGUAGGAGCUUCUGGUGGACAAGCUUCGUCUGUCUUUACAGGAUAUCUGCAGAAUACCGGGUAUCCAGGAAAUGGGCAAUACAGUUUACAUGCUUAUCCAAAUUCACAAUACGGCCAGUAUAUACAUAACCCCGGAUAUCCAGGAUAUGCUGGACCUCUGCAGCGGCGUCCCAAAUCCUUAACCCAGCAAGCGGUAUCAGCGGUAGCCGAGGCUUUGACCUCCAUAGCCCUGUUUGACGAUAAGCAAUGCGUGCCUCGUAUUCUUUGCGAAGUAGCCAGCGGCAGUUCUGCUGGGUCUCCCACCUUGCUGAAGGCUACUGCCGGGCUUGGACCUUUGUUGAGUAUUCUCCAAUCAUACAACAGCGUGAGUUCAUCUCCACUUUUUCUUUUUGGACGUGCGGCUGUCCUCGGUAUGACAUCCACAGGCAACACCAUAUCCUGCCACCGUGCUUACCCCCAGUGUCCUAGAGACCCUACAGAACUAGUGAACUAUUUGAACAACCAUAACGGAGGGUUCUUCAGAUUCUUUGGGCAACCAGGUCCACAGAAACAGCAGAAUUUGGAACAAUUCUACAAUCAUUUAGCGGGACAGACUGGACAACAACAAACCCAACAACAAAACUAUGCGAAUACUUAUGGCUACGGUAACCAGAACCCGUAUGGAAACAGUAAUGAUCCUAAUAAUUAUCGUCGAAUAGAUAACAGAGGAUAUAUCAGUUUAAAAGAAACAGACGAUGUACAAGAACGUAUACAAAAUAAACCAAGCAUAGAUAUUGAUGACGAAGAGAAUACGGAAGAUGGUUCUAAGUGGACUUUCCCUGAUGAAGCAAACGAUAAAAGAAGGAGACCAAGAAAACAGAUAUUUACAACAAAUACAGCAGAAAGAGAAGCUUUUGGUGAGCGAGGAGGUUACCCAUUAAAGUUCCCAGAUGAAAGAGGACCAACAGACGAUACAGAAAGAGACAAAAGAAGAGAUUUUAUUAGAACGCACAAAGUAAAAUUUUUCCCUAACCAAAAUGAUUUGAAUUUUGAAACAAACACAGCUGUUAACAAUAUUAAUCUAGAAGAUUAUGAAUUUGAUUAUAAGCACAAUUUCUAUGUUAAAAGGCCUGAACAAAUUACUAAUUUCUUAAAUGACGGAGCUCAAAUAGUAUAUAUUGUAAGGGGCCAUGGUGAUCCAAAUCACCCUGAGAUUGUUAGAGUAAAACCAGGACAAAGUGCUUAA